AUGGACCAGUCAUCAAAAGUCUGGAUCAUUCUCGGUGCCGUCCUGGGCACUCUCGUCCUGAGUGGAAUCAUUGUCGUUGUUCUAUUCUGCUGGAAGCGGUCUAAGAGAAGGGUACGAGGUUUCUCGCUGCGGGCCGUAACGCCUCUGGACGAUGCCGAGUUUGAAUCAUGGCGAAGACCUAGUCAAUAUACGAAGCGGUCGGAGAAGUACAUCAUUCGACCAACCGAGCCAGCUGUCGUACGAGAACGCGCUUCUCCCACACUAUUCGAGAAGGAGCUCAGCACAUACGAGUUCCCACGAACACCGUCACCUCACGAUAUCACUCCUCCAAUGAUGUCGCCAUCUAGCUCAAUUCAAAAACCAGGAAGAGUGCGGAGGAAGUCUAGUGUCGCGUCAUCGAUUGCUGACCGACCACCAACACCAUAUUCGCCUACUUCACCAAGUGGUGAGUUCUCACGAGGAUCCACCUCCUCUCGCAGAUCGCAGCCUCUAAUCCACUAUCCUUCCAUGUCCGAGGCAUCAGCGUUCCGUUUCGAACUCGAAUCGGAAUACGGCACAGUCCAAAAAGGGACUGGACGCUGGAUAUAA